CGUGCACUGACGAACAUGCACAUCAGGGCGCCGGAAGCAGUUAAAAGGGGCGAGUCGGUGACGCUGGUGUGCGACUACGACCUGGAAUCCGCUGCUUUGUACACCAUCAAAUGGUACAGGGACGACGAAGAAUUUUACAGAUUUGUUCCAAAGGAAUCGCCGCCCUUUCAGGCAUUCGAAGUGGCCCAUCUUUGCGUCGAUUUGAAUGCAGCCCAUGUGGGGCAUCAGAGUAUUUUAUCAUUGAUAGCACUAGCAAGUAAUUUUCUUAUUACUCAUAGGAAGUAUGGGUCUGUUGCUGAAAAUAAUAGAUUGGCAAAGUUCACAUACAUGUUUAUGGAACCUCAAAUCAUUAUCAAAGAUUAUUUUUUAGAUAGUUCACGAAGUUAGCCAGUU